AUGGGCAAGCUUAAAUCCACCUCCAAGAAGAACCAGCGCCACGAUCCGUUGCUGGUCCAGCUCCGAGACGACCAACUGGGUGCCGGAAAACUAUCAGCUCCUGGCCGGCGACAGAAGAGAGACAAGCCUGAGGAAGAGCGAAACCUAGCACUAGAUGACAAAACGUCGAAGAAAAUCCUGUCGAUUGCCAAAGAACAGCAGCAAGAAAUGCUCGCAUCUGAGCAGAAGGACGACGGGUUUCUGUCCGAAGAUGACGAAGAAGAACACGAGUCUGCUUUUCUGUCCCGUCCUCGACAGAUCGCUGCAGAUUCCGAUUCCGACGAGGAAUUCGAAGGCUUAAAUGAAGAACAAGACGGCGAUGACUCCGAUGGAUAUGACGAAGAACUUGAAGUCGACGAGGGAGAUCAAGCCAUCUUGGAUUCCUUCCAGUCCGCCCCAUCCCGCAACCUGGCCGAUCUGAUCCUGCAGAAGUUGGAGGAACAGGAAGACAAGCAGCAGCUGUUGGCCGCCAAAGGGAAAGCCCGGCAAGUCUCUCCUCCCGCAGGCCAUCCCGGAGGAUUGAACCCGAAGAUCACCGAAGUCUACACGAAAGUGGGGCAACUGCUGUCCAGAUACAAGUCGGGCCCGUUGCCGAAAGCGUUCAAGAUCCUGCCCUCGCUCCGCAAUUGGUUCCAAAUCUUGGAAAUCACCGCGCCUCACGCUUGGACCCCGCAUGCCACCCUGGCCGCCACCAGGAUCUUCGCCUCCAACCUCGAACCCCGCCAAUGCCAGAAGUUCUACAAGCACAUCUUGUACGAGAAAGUCCGUGAAGAGAUCGACGAGAACAAGAAACUGAGCGUCCAAAUGUACAUGGCGCUCAAGAAAUCGAUCUACAAACCGGCUGCUUUCUUCAAAGGCAUUCUUUUCCCCCUGUGUGAAAGCGGAACGUGCACGCUGAAAGAGGCGGUGAUUGUCGGAUCGAUCCUGACGAAGGUGUCUAUCCCAGUCUUGCAUUCGGGCGCAGCGCUAUUGAAGCUCUCGGGGAUGGAGUACACGGGGCCGACGUCGGUGUUUAUCCGGGUGCUUCUGGACAAGAAGUACGCGCUGCCCUACAAAGUGAUCGACGGGCUCGUCUUCCACUUCCUCGGCUUCAAGCGCGAGGCCAGACAGAUGCCCGUGCUCUGGCACCAGAGCUUCUUGGUCUUCGUCCAGCGCUACAAGGCCGACUUGACCCGCGAACAGAAGGACGCCCUCCUCGACCUCCUCAAAAUCAAAUCUCACCCCCUCAUCACCCAGGAAAUCCGCCGGGAAAUCGUCAAUAGCGUCGCUAGAGGCGAGGAAAUCCCAUUGGAAGAUGUCGAGAUGAUCUAG